AUGUACAGUCAGGGCCACCAAGGCCAACACGCCAUGAUGAAUGGCGGUCAGGCCCACCAGCGAUUUAUGAUGCAGAUGCCGAAAUUCCAGCACCAGAAUCACCACCCGCACCCUGCCCAGCAGCACCAUAAUCCGCAUGCGAACCAGGCCUCUCAUACCAUGAAUCACAACUUCUCUGCGGGGGCUCUGACCAGUUCCACUCCCCACUUCACGCCGAGCCACUUACAGAAUGGGACGCCGGCGACCGUCGAAGAAGAACUUGAUGGGUCGAUGAACGAGCAUUGGCAACAGCAGCUUCAACUGGCGGCCGAGUCAAGGCAGGCGAAUUCUCCUCACUAUUACGCCCGGACGGUCGCGCAACAGAGCAAAGGCAUUCAGAUCGCACCGAGCCAAGCAGACACACAGGAAGGUAGUGGCGAUAAUCGGGGCGAUGCGUCCGGUUCCAAGGAGAAUCCCAGACAAGGCUGGACCGCUCUUGAUUUCGGCGGUCAGGGGUUGCGUGCCCUCUCCCCCGCGCUCUUCAAUUACCAAUUCCUGACCAAGCUAUACCUCAACCACAAUAAACUAAAAACACUACCUCCUGCCAUUGGACAAUUACGGAAUCUCAAUCACUUGGAUCUGUCAGGAAACGAAAUCAGCGAACUUCCGGAGGAGAUUGGCAUGCUUACCAAUCUGCGCAAGCUUUACCUGUUCGAUAACAGCCUACAUACCCUGCCGUACGAGAUGGGCUAUCUUUAUCGUCUAGAAACUCUUGGCAUCGAAGGCAACCCGCUUAACGAGGUCUUAAAGUCUCAGAUCAUGAAGGAGGGCACCAAGGCAUUGAUCAAAUAUUUAAAGGAAGAGAUGCCUGUCCAUUUGCCGCCGGCCGACCGAGACUGGAUCGUCCUUGAUGAGACCUCCAAUUCUUCCAAUGGACCCGUCGACAAGUUUACUGCUCUCUCGUACAACACCCUCUGUGAUCAAUCGGCCUCUCCAUCGCAUUAUGGUUAUGUGCCGUCUCGCGUUCUGUCCUGGGAAUUCCGGCGAGACCUCAUCCUCAGCGAAAUCCGGAGCCAUGAUGCGGACAUUGUCUGUCUUCAGGAGAUUGACCAAGGAAACUACAAUGAGUUCUUCCGAGAACAGCUGGCGUAUAAUGACUACAAGGGUGUGUAUUGGCCCAGAGGUCGGGCAAUGGGCAUGAAUGAAGAGGAAGCCAAGACCGUGGACGGCUGUGCGACCUUCUUCAAAGGGAGCAAGUUCAUUCUGCUCGACAAGCAGAUGAUCAAUUUCGGUCAAACAGCCGUUCGAAGGCCGGACGCCAAGGGCCAGGAUGAUAUCUACAACCGUCUGUGGCAAAAGGAUCACAUUGCGGUCGUGGUCUUCUUGGAGAAUCGGAUGACUGGCACGCGGCUGAUUGUCGUGAACUGCCACCUUUACUGGGACCCGGCCUACAAGGACGUUAAGUUGAUCCAGACCGCCAUUUUGAUGGAAGAGAUCACCAAGCUUGCUGAGGGUUAUGCCAAAUAUCCACCUCUUACCGACAAAACGGCGUUCCGCUUCUCAGAGCCGGAAGGUGGCUCCCAAGAGAACACGACCCCCGUGGAGCCUGCACCGUCCGCCGAGUAUUCCAGUGGUGAUCAGAUCCCUCUGAUCAUCUGUGGUGACAUCAAUUCGGCACCUGGUUCUGCCGCGUAUAACCUGAUUGCGCACGGUGGGCUGACGGAAGAACAUCCGGAUCUCGAAAAGCGAAUGUAUGGUAAUCUUAGUCGCGUCGGCAUGUCACACCCGUUCAAACUCAAGUCCGCGUACGGCGCCAUCGGGGAGCUGCCAUUCACCAACUAUACGCCGGACUUUAAGUCGAUCCUUGAUUACAUCUGGUACUCGACGAAUGUGCUCAACGUCACGGGUCUGCUUGGGGAGGUUGACAAGGAAUAUUUAAAGAAGGUGCCGGGAUUUCCAAACUUUCAUUUUCCUAGUGAUCAUCUCGCAUUGAUGGCGGAGUUUUCAGUCAAGGGGAAAAAGGGUAAGGUUGUGGAAGCGGAUUUUGGGCCGCAACGGGAGUCACGGGACAAGUCGAAUUGA